UAGUGGAUUUGGUUUGCAGUGCUGAUUACUGUCAGCAGUCAGAGCAUGAGCACAGUCACUGGCGAUCUGAAAAGUGUCUAGAGCAGGAUCUAGCUGACUGUGAGAUUGCAGAUUUGGUGGCCCAGCACAAUGAGAGCUCAGAGGGGACUCAUCUUACUUCUGCUUCUUCUGGCUGUCUUCUGUUCCACAGCUGUUAGCCUCAAAUGCUACCACUGUUUAGACCCGGUGGUUUCUUCAUGCAAUAUGAACAGCACUUGCUCUCCUACCCAGGAUACCUGUCUCUACGCUGUAUCCGGAAUGCAAGUGUAUCAACAGUGUUGGAAACGUUCAGAUUGUCAUACUGAGGUCAUUAUGAACCUAUUAGAAGUGGCUAAAGUAAAAUUCAGAUGCUGCCAGUUUAACUUGUGUAACAAAAGUGAAGGAUCAUUGGGGAAGACAGCAUUGCUGGGGACCACGGUUCUGGUGGCCAUUUUGAAUCUUUGUUUCUUAAGUCAUCUCUAAGUCCCGGAUGCCUCCUUUCUGUAUGUCUCUCUCUCUCUUUUUUUUUUUUUUUUCCUGUUGCUGCAGCAGUCUAAAGCUUUUAUUAUUUUCUAGCUGUAUUCAUUUAGGAAACAAUAAAGUUCACUUGAACAUCUUG